AUGUCGUUUUCACAAGAACCUGCUCCUGAACCCUCGGAACUGGUCAAGAGGUGGUUGCAGGGUAUCCAUCAAGACGCGCCCGAUGCAGACAUCGUGAAGCCCGAUCCCAGUUGGGAAGACGUUCCCACUACUCAUGCCGCAGUAAAUGCUUCCAGCCAGGUUUAUGAACGCCGUGCUGAAGAGAACAGAGCCGAGGGCAUGUGUGCAGACAGUUAUAAAGAAGAGCGGGUGCUGAACUGUUUCUAUAAUACAGGUCACCUGCCGAUUCAGACCCAUUCACCUUCGGAGAAUAGCCGAGCAGCAAAGCAUCGCGAGGGAGAAUACCACAUUAUCGAAGAAGCAAGGCCUGGACGAGAAAAGAACAGAAAGAGACGCUACGAGCAAGUUACCCCUCCGCCACAAUCUCUUCCUGGCGCGGUCGGCGUUAGAACACAGCCACCAAGGCCAAAAGAUGGAAGCGACGUCACAGAUCCAAGCGACAAAUACGCUCGAAAGCCAAGGCGCAAGACCAGGCCAGACAGAUAUGAGUACAAGGAGGAUUCACGAAGACACACGGCCAGACGAGGAUCCGAGAAGGUUGACCACAAGAAGUCAGGGACCAUGUUGAACGACGAGUUUCGGGCCCCAAAUGUUGGUACAGGAAGACUCACUUUGAAGCCCAGCCUUGGACCGGGUAUGUUCGCCAAUGGCAAAUCCUCUGCUCCUAUACGAGGACAAGGGCUACCUGAUUUAUCAUUUUCCGAGAUGACCUUCCUCAAGAAGAAAACCCUGCCGCAACAUACCAAGCUACCCGAUCAGAGCCAGACCAGAAACUUGAAAGACCGAAGCGACAAACCUCCGAAUGAUGAAAUCUCGACUUUCUUUUCUCGACCGCUCCAUACCGAACAAAAGAUAUCUUCAACAACCUACCAGACGCCCUCGUCGAUCCGUCCCCCUAAUCGGUCCUGGAGACUGACAAACCCUGAGUGUCCAUGGCAAGAUGAUUCCGAGAUACCCAUACUCAAGCAUUUCAGACCCCAAUCAUCGCAUCGCAAGUCGGUGAUGUCUCGCAACGGCACUCCGAAAUCUUGUGUCUCUUGGUCGACCUCUCCUUCUCGGAAACCUAGGCAAUUGGAGGCGCAACAACGAGAUAGCGUUGCGUCAUCGCAUAUGUGGAAGAGAGCAUCUUCACCGCUAGCCCCAGAACGGUGCCAGAUAGAAACUUCUACCUCGAUAUGCCCUCGGAGUUCGGUCACGAACCGCUUCUUGGAAGACUGGGCCACGAACGCCCUGCUGGGUGGGAUUGAAACCUUUAAUCAGCAGGGGAAGCUGUAUGCCUCGCUAGAGGAGCUAAAGGCUUUGGCAGAGGAAAGGAUGCGGCAUGACGCUCCGACUAAUGCCAGCCAGGCGAAACUUCCAAAACCAAUACCCUCACCGCAGCUUGAUCGCCAACUGACCGCCACUGGAGAUUCGGAAGAGGUUAAAGAUUCCGGACAGAGUUCCAUGUCAUUGCAGGAGCGAAGGAACGACCAAUCGACAUGUCCACGAGCAUCCGAGAGCAAAGUGGGAUAUCCUCAAGAACACCCUCCGGACGACUGCAAAGAAGGUAAAUCAGCGUCGAUUGUGUGGCAAGAGCAUGACCCAGGACAUCCUUGCGAUCUCGAAGCGCUUACAGCCAUUCGAACAGGACCAGAACAUUCCAGCUAUUGGCUCUCACCGGUGGCGGACCAAACUUCAAGGGUGUCAGUGCAUCCUAGAUGCCUUUCUCACCAGGAAAGUCAGGACAUGGAGAACGCCGAUCCUGUUUGGUCACAAGGUGAUUUGCCCUUACUUGCGAAUUACAACAGCAUAGGAGAUAUCCAAGCUCGAGCAUAUCAGCCACAGUGGGAGUACGAAAAUGCGGUCGAGAAUGUGACAGCUCGACAUCAUCAGCCUUUGUCAGACGGUCUGGACGAGUUCGACCUCCAAUUAUUGCAAACGAGUCCAGCGAAGUUCUCUCUUCCAACAAGGACACUUCCGACCAUAGGAGAAUUUCCGUCGGGUCAAGGAGAGACAGAUUGGCAUAGACAGGAGAAGGAGGAACGCGGGACACCGCUCCCUCUGCCAGAAAUAUCGGUAUCUGAUCUGCCACUACAACACCAGGACGAAGAGCAGCAACAUUGGGGAUUGGACAGGGGAUUCUGGGGUGACGGAUCGGUCGACAAAUGGCGCUUCGGUCGCAGGGUAGGGACUUCUCGCCUACAUUAUACGAGUAACGAUGUAUUGGAAGUCCCGAUGGCACCGCAAGAAGAACCCUUUCCGGGAUUUUCUCGGCCACACCCCCUGUAUUGA